CGCGCUCACGCCCCGGGGCCGCUUCCGUUUCGGCUCCCCCUCCCCUCCCCUCCCGUAAACCUCUGAACCCUCAUCGAGUUUCUGUGGACGCCACGCCACGCGACCAUACGUGUAUAGCACGCAGCGCGGCAUCGGCGUCGCACGCACUCGCGCUUGCCGCUGGACGGAGGAGCGGAGCACCGAUCGGCCGGGCUCGGUGCACGCGCCUAGCGGAUGAAGAUGGCCGUGCUCGCGGGCGCGGCCGUCGUUGCGGUGGCGGCGGCGGCGAUGGUCGCCGCGCUCCUGUCCUCCCCGGACGCGCUGCGCGACGUCGCGGUGCUGGAGAUUGGCGGCGGGGAAGGCCGUGUCGAGUUGGUCCCCGUGGACGCCGGCGCCGCGGGGCCCGAGAGCCUGGCGUUCGACCCGGCCGGCGGCGGCCCGUACGCGGGCGUGUCGGACGGCCGCGUCCUCCGGUGGGUCCCCGGCGAGCGGCGCUGGGAAGAGCACUCGGCCUCCUGCGCGCCCGAACUGCUGGACAGCUGCAGGGGCUCCCAGGACCCGGGGCGCGAGCACGAGUGCGGGCGCCCGUUGGGCCUCAAGUUCAACCCCGACACGGGGGAGCUCUACGUGGCCGACGCCUACCACGGCCUGCGCAUGGUCGCGCCGGGCCCGGGCGGCGGCAAGGCGUCGAGGCCGGUGGCGCCGGAGUGGUGGCAGGGCGCGCGCGCCUUCAGCUUCGCCAACGGCGUCGAGGUCGACCCGGGCACCGGCGCCGUCUACUUCACCGAGACGAGCACGAGGUUCCAGAGGCGGGAGUUCCUGCGCAUCGUCGUGUCCGGCGACACGACGGGGCGGCUGCUGCGGUACGACCCGAGGGGCGGCGGUGGGGUGGAGGUGCUGGCCGACGGCCUGGCGUUCCCCAACGGCCUCGCGAUGAGCAGCGACGGCACGCACCUGCUGCUGGCGGAGACCACCACGGGGAGGAUCCUCCGGUACUGGCUCCGCCCGACGGCUCCCAAGGCGCCGGCGCUGCUGGAGGAGGUGGCGCGGCUGCCGUGGUUCCCGGACAACAUCAGGAUGAGCCCCCGGGGCGGCUUCUGGGUGGGGCUCCACGCCAGGAGGGGCAAGCUCGCCCAGUACUGCAUCUCCUACCCCUGGCUCCGGCGCCUGGUGCUGGCGCUGCCGCCGCGCCACGUCCAGCGCGCCUCGUCGCUGCUCAGCCGCCUCGGGCGGCAGGUCAUCGCGCUGCGGCUGAGCGAGGAGGACGGGAGGGUGGUGGAGAUGGCCAGCGUCCACGGGGAUCUUCGGAGGGUGUUCAGGUCCGUCAGCGAAGUGGCGGAGAGGAACGGCAGCAUCUGGAUUGGCUCUGUCAUGUCGCCGUUUCUCGGAGUCUACAAGUUGCAGUAGAGGCAUUUACGCUUAAAUAUGGAUUCAGUAGCUUAUUAUAGCAAAGGAAAACAUACAUCGCAUCUAUAUUUGUGUAUAAAAUUCCUUGUGUCGUCGAUGGACAUGUUCAUCUGGCCAGAGGUUGUGAAAAGCGUCUAUGCAUCUAUGAACUGAAUGCAUGAGAUGGUCCUGGGCCCC